AUGGAUUUCAUGAUUUCGCAUUUCUGCGAUGAGCAGAACCAUCAGCCACUUUAUAAAACUAGGUUUGUUUGUGUGCUUGUGAAAGGCAUAACGUUUCCGUUUCUAGAAAGCAAUCAAUUUCGGAUAACAAUAAGGCGGGUCCGACUCUUCUGAGCUCCUCUCUUCCCACAAACGACGAGUGCUCCGACUCAGAUGCCGAGAACAGACUUCCACCGGAGACUGAGCUCGGAAAUAUUGAGUACAAAGCGAAACUCGUGAACCCGACGACGUCCAGAAUACAGCACCUGAUCACUCAGAUGAAAUGGCGGCUGCGGGAGGGUCAAGGAGAGGCGAUCUACGAGAUUGGAGUGGAGGACGGCGGAGCAAUGUCCGGACUGACAGACGGAGAGCUCAAAGCCUCACUGCACACUCUAAGAACGAUGGCUUUGGCACUGGAUGCGAGCAUGGUUGUGCUCACAGAAAAAGACGUGACGGUCAAGGGUUCGGGGCUCAGAAGAACUGUAGUCGAGGUGCUCGUUCGCAAGGUUCCGGAGAGCCAGCAGUUCAUCGAAGUUCGUCUCGCAGUACUCGGCGGUUGUGAUGUGGGAAAAUCGACGUUGUGUGGAGUGCUCACGCAGGGAAUUCGGGACGACGGAAAUGGAAAAGCGAGAAUCGGAAUAUUCCGGUACCCGCACGAGGUCCGAACCGGAAAGACCAGCUCCGUGUGCAACGACGUCAUCGGAUUCGACAAUCGUGGAAAGGUGGGCAGUGCGCUGAUUCAAUCAAUUUUCAAACAUUUUUCUUGCAGUUGGUGAACUACGCAAAGAACAGUCUUGAAGAGAUGGUCGAGAAAUCGUCGAAACUAGUAACUCUAAUCGAUUUGGCCGGUGACGCGAAAUACCAGAAAACGACGAUUCACGGUCUGACUGGCUACACACCACACUUUGCGUGUCUCGUAGUCGCCGCCGAUCGCGGAAUCACCUGGGCCACAAGGGAACAUCUUGGCCUCAUUGCCGCACUGAACAUUCCCACGUUCGUUCUCAUAACCAAAAAGGAUUUGGUGGAGCCGGAUCGCCUCAAACAGAUUUGUAAGGACGUCUCGAUUUUAUUGAACAGGGCCGGAUUGAUGGCUCGCGGGAAAAGGGUGAAAAGGAAGCGAGACGCGGUGAAAGCGGCUCAGGAAUUGUGCUCCGGGAGCAUCGUACCAUUGCUUGCGGUCAGCUCAGUGAGCGGAGAGGGCUUCCGAAUCCUGCGAACUCUUCUGAACUGCCUCUCUACCGCCGGCACCAUGAAAUCACGCCUCGAUCUUGUCACUCUCCCCGCUUUUUUCACCAUAGAAGAGCUUUAUAACGUGCCGCACGUGGGCCAGGUCGUCGGCGGAAUGCUCUCGGAAGGACAGCUUCACGAAGGAGCCGAUGUUCUCGUUGGCCCUUUGAAAGACGGUAGCUUCGAGAAAGUGGCCGUCGGAUCGAUAAGAAGAAGCCGGCAGGCGGUGGCUUGCGUGAAUCCCGGAGAAGCGGCCUCGAUUUCACUGAAUCUUCCAGACGGCAUCAUUCUGAGAAGAGUUAGUAAUGGAAAGGGGGACGAUGUCUGAAUUGAAUAUUUUCAGGGAAUGGUGCUCACAAGUGUCAUCGCUCCACCGCCUGUCUGCUACGAAUUCACCGCCAAUCUGCUGCUACUGUGCCAUUCUACCAAGCAAAUUUGUGAGGGAUUCCAAGCCACAGGUAAAUAAAGAGUGUAUAAGUAGCAACAAAAAUGAGAAAUAUUUCUUUUUCAGUCUUCAUCGGCUCGGUCUGCGCAACGGCAACAAUCACCCAGAUUACGGACUCGGAUUACAUGCGUCCCGGCAAAUGGUCGAUCGUCCGAAUGUGCUUUGCCUAUCAGCCAGAAGUAAUCCGCGAAGGAUCGCCAAUCAUUCUUCGUCAAGGAAAAACGAAAGGAAUGGGCGAAGUGCUCAAAGUGGAUCCAGUUGCCUAA